AUGUCUUCCAUUAUUUAUCAUCACUUCUAUCAGAAUUCGUAUAUUGUAAAAAACACUUCUAUUUCGGAAUAUAUUGAUGGUAAAUUCAUUCGUGUCGUCUGCGAAACAAUAAACGGUGUUCGAAGCACGAUUGGUUACGUGACUGCUGAUAUUAUAGAUCAUGAUUCAAAAUUCGUGCUUAGCGUCUUGAGAGAAACCAACAUCGAGAUCUUAGCGGAUUCUAAGAUUGCCAGUGUAGACUAUGUUGACGAUAUCUUUUUAUCAUCCGAAUGUGAAUUUUACCGCCAAAUAAUACAAUCUAUCGAAAAUUAUAAGAAAAUGUCCGGUGACAUUCCAAUUCAGAUAUCACUCAUUCUUCCAUAUUCUUCGGAUGACCUUGAUGUGCUUCUUGCGUGGUUGUGCGACAAAGACGAUCUCAAAUGGGAAGAGUAUUUAAUUUCGAAUAAUUUGCAUAGCAUCUGGGAAUUAGUUUGCUAUUUUAAAGCAGACAUAAUUACGGUUGAAGUUCUGAAGUCUGCUUUAGCGCGUUUCAAUAAUUUAGAGAAAAUUGAGAAUAUGAAGAAGAGAAUGGAAAAAAUGAGUGCAAAAGCUGAUGCAGAGAUUGAAAAAGAUAAAAAGCGAUUGGAAGAAUUGAUUUCGAAGAGAGAAUUAAAGGAGAGAAUUCAAUUAUGGUUAGAAAAAUGCGUUGAAGAAUCGAAUUCACAAUAA